CUAGCCCGCUCUUCUCGCUGCUCCCCCGGGAGGCGGGCGCGCCGGCGGGGGUCCCUCCAAGAUGGCGGCGCAGAGGAGGAGCCUGCUGCAGAGUGAGCAGCAGCCCAGCUGGACAGACGACCUGCCACUCUGCCACCUCUCUGGGGUGGGCUCAGCCUCCAACCGCAGCUACUCCGCUGAUGGCAAGGGCACCGAGGUCCACCCGCCAGAGGACAACUGGCUCAAGUUCAGGAGUGAGAACAAUUGCUUCCUGUAUGGGGUGUUCAACGGCUAUGAUGGCAACCGGGUGACCAACUUUGUGGCCCAGCGGCUGUCUGCGGAGCUCCUGCUGGGGCAGCUCAACGCCGAACACACAGAAGCUGACGUGCGGCGCGUGCUGCUGCAGGCCUUUGACGUGGUGGAGAGGAGCUUCCUGGAGUCCAUCGACGACGCCUUGGCUGAGAAGGCCAGCCUGCACUCCCAGCUGCCGGAGGGUGUCCCCCAGCACCAGUUACCAUCUCAGUAUCAGAAGAUCCUGGAGAGACUCAAGGCGCUGGAGAAGGAGAUCUCGGGAGGAGCCAUGGCCGUCGUGGCCGUUCUUCUCAGCAACAAGCUCUACGUGGCCAACGUCGGUACGAACCGCGCGCUGCUGUGCCAGUCUACGGUGGACGGGCUGCAGGUGACGCAGCUGAAUGUGGACCACACCACGGGGAAUGAGGACGAGCUCUUCCGCCUCUCGCAGCUGGGUCUGGACGCAGCAAAGAUCAAGCAGGUGGGCAUCAUCUGUGGGCAGGAGAGCACCAGGCGCAUCGGGGAUUACAAGGUCAAAUACGGCUACACGGACAUUGACCUGCUCAGCGCUGCCAAGUCCAGACCCAUCAUCGCGGAGCCGGAAAUCCACGGUGCCCAGCCACUGGACGGGGUGACCGGCUUCCUGGUGCUGAUGUCCGAGGGGCUGUACAAGGCCCUGGAGGCAGCCCAUGGGCCUGGGCAGGCCAACCAGGAGAUUGCUGCCAUGAUUGACACCGAGUUCGCCAAGCAGACCUCCCUGGACGCAGUGGCCCAGGCCGUGGUGGACAGGGUAAAGCGCAUCCACAGUGACACCUUCGCCAGCGGUGGGGAGCGUGCCAAGUUCUGCCCCCGGCACGAGGACAUGACCCUGCUGGUGAGGAACUUUGGUUACCCACUGGGUGAACUGAGCCAGCCCACGCCGACCCCGGCCCCAGCUGCAGGGGGCCGCGUGUACCCGGUGUCCGUGCCUUACUCCAGCGCCCAGAGCACCAGCAAGACCAGCGUGACCCUCUCCCUGGUCAUGCCCUCCCAGGGCCAGAUGGUCAACGGGGCCCACAGCGCUUCCACUCUGGACGAGGCCACGCCCACACUCACCAACCAGAGCCCGACCCUGACGCUGCAGUCCACCAACACGCACACCCAGAGCAGCAGCUCCAGCUCCGACGGUGGCCUCUUCCGCUCCCGCCCGGCGCACUCGCUCCCGCCCGGUGAGGACGGCCGCGUGGAGCCCUAUGUGGACUUCGCUGAGUUUUACCGCCUCUGGAGUGUGGACCACGGCGAGCAGAGCGUGAUGACGGCGCCGUAGUCUGGCUGGCAGCGCAGCUCGCGCAGGGCCUCUCGUGGGGACGGGGGCUCUGGUGCUGGGCUUGGACCAGCUCAGGUUUUGCUGACCUUAGCCUGUACCACAGGGGCGGGGAAGCCCUGUCCUUGGUGGGCACCUGGCUCCCCUGGCUCUUGGGCUGUAGAGCGUGCGAGUUCAGGCUGGACCUGGUCCACAGGCCCCCCGGGCUCCUUCAGAUGUGUACAGCAGCUGGGGGAGAGGUCCCCAGGACCACAAGUGCUGCACCUGAUGGACAACUGCCCUCGAGGCUGCCACCUCCACCGGCCGCCGCCGGUGCCUGUUGAACCUCUGCAUGGUGACUGUCACCCUCCUCCAGCGUCUCGGCCCUGUGCUAAAUCCAGGUGUGCCUACACCUGUGCCAGGUAGUCAGUGGGCAACACUCAGGAAGGCCAGGGCAGCACCAAGGCCCGGGGGUCCAGUAAAUGGACCCAGAGGGAACUGGCCAUAGAGAAGCACUGGUCGUGGAGCUGCCACAGAACAGGCUGGGGGCUGGGCCUCUCCAGGCAGAGCCCAGGCUGUGCUGAGCAGGAGGGCCCAGUCAGGGGAGUGGCCACACCCUGCCUUCUCCCUGCCGGUGCCAGGGAAGGCACAGCCGGGCAGCUGAGAUACACGACCCCCGCACUGGUGAGGAGGUCGCUGCCCGGGGCUCCCUGGAGGAGAGGAGGGGAACACAGCCCUGAGGGGCGAGGGUCUGACCAAGGGCUUUAGGGAUGUGCACUGUUCCCACACACAGGGGAGGGACGCGGUCUCUGUGUGCUCUGCCACCAGGGCCUCCCCAGGACUGUGGUUCCUGGCCUCGGAGCAGGAGCAGCCCCGAGACGUGUGCCCCGCUCACACAGCCGUGGCCCACUGGGUCCUGCUGCCUCCGCCCAGCUCCCUGCCCCGGGGUGCCCUGGACACAGCUCAGCCAGGAUUGGCCGCUGCUGUGCAGGCUCCGAGGGCCAGGCGUCUACACAGCUGAAGGCCAUCCUGAGCCCCCACUCACCCUGUGGGCAGCAGCUGUUCCCCCUGCAGCCGAGCAGGGCCCAGUGCAGGGCUGGGGGAGGCUGGGUCGGCCUGGACGCCACGGCAGAAGCAGAGGGCACAGUGGGGCUGGGCACAGGGCCUGCUCUGUAGGUGGGCGGGCUGGGAGUCAGUCACAAGGACCCUGGAACAGAAUUGUCUUCAAGAAUGUCUGUGUGAGUGCCAGGAGCAGUCACCGUUGGUGCAGGAUGGAAGCCACAAGGGGGAGAUGCACUUGGCGUCCAUGGUGCCAUCUCAGGCCUCUGGGCCAUGGCAGCGCUGGGAGGGGGCCUCCAUGGGAGACUGCUCUGCCGGGGCUCCAGCCUUCGCCGCCUGCUGUGCCCUUUGGCCUUGUUGGUGCUGCUCGUCCACACAGCACCUGUCCCUGCUCUCUCUGACUUAGAGCUCGUCCCUCAGAGUGUGUGUGGCAGGGAAGUGCCGGCCGCCUAGGACCGAGCCGUGCUCCCCCGUGGGCAGAGCGCUGCACCUGCGGGAUCCGCCUCUUCCGCGGCUUUUCCGGCCAUGCCCUGUGGGUCCUGAGAGCCCUUGGAGGUGCUGAGUGCACGGGUUCUCCCACGUCCUCGUCACAGUGCCAGCUCUGCCCCAUGUGCCCGAGGUGGGCAGAUAGCUGACACUGACCCAGGGACACUGGGUCCCUUGGGUGUCCAGAGAGUCCCUGACAUGAGGUGGGUGGAGCUGACACUGACCCUUGGCCCACAUGGCCCGCUCCAGCCUUUGGCCACCUCCCACGGCCUCGAGUGGAAAACACAGGGUUCCCUGAAGCUGGAUCUGAUAUAACCGGAGACCCUGUGCACUGCCUGCUGCCUGUGCCCUUGGCCCUUGAAUACCCGGUUCCUCCCAGAGCCAGACAGCCACAGGCUCGGUAGAGGUCUGGCCAGGACCAGCCCAGGUGGGGCCAGACCCUUGGGGCCCCGCUGUCAGCGAGGGAAGAGGCAGGAGCAGCCACGUGACCGUGGGGGACACACUCCGGCUGAGCCUCGCUUUCAUCGUGCACGUCUCCACAGGACUGCAGGGUGGGGCCAGCGCGUUAACCCGCCCCGUGACACUGGCUUCCCACAUGGGCGCCAGUUCAAGUCCCAGCUGCUCCACCUCCACCUCCGCCCUGCUCUGGCCCAAGUGUUUGGGCCCCUGCACCCGUGUGGGAGACCACGAUGAAGCUCCUGGCUUCAGCCCUGGCCAUUGUGGCCAUUUGGAGAAAGGAGCCAUGGUCUCUCUCCCUGUAACUCUGCCUUUCAAAUAAAUAACUCUUUGGGAUGGAAGAGUAAGAUUGCUGGAGACGUCUGAGUCUGCACAGCUGUGGUGGGUAGAAUCCCCCGCCCGCCACGUGGAGCCCGGGCUCUGCCGCGCACAGCGGUCCUGUCUGACGGAGGCUCGGCCGGGCCCCGUGCGCGGUGACGCUCUGCUGCCUGCGGCUUCCCUGAGGAGCCCGGCUGCUGGGCAGCGGCCCUGCUUGCUGCUCUCGGCGGAGCCCUGGGUGGAGGCCGCUGGCCAGGCUCCCAGAUGCCUCCUGUUUGGUUCAGUGUUUACUUGAGAGGCAGACCGCUCUCCCAUCCGCUGCAUCGCUCCCCAAAUGCCCACAAUAGCUGAGACCAGGUUGAGGCAAAGCCAGGAGCUGGGAAUUCGAUCCAGGGCUCCCACAGGGUGGCAGGAUCCUAACCGUUUGAGCCCUGCCGUGGCUCCUCGGGGUCUGCAGUAGCGGGAGCUGGCGGCCGGUACCGAGCACGGGCACGCCAGUGGUGGAGCCCGGCCGCCCUAACCGGCCGCCGAACGCCCUGGCGAGCACACGCCGUGUUCCCUCACGGUGCUGAUGUCGGCCCUGAGCCCAGACUGGCACUGACCUGUGUGUGCUGGGCAGCCCCUUGAGGGCAGGCUGCCUCUGGCCACGGCGCUGAGAGACUCAGCAGUUCACGGACCACUCCUGCCUCUGGAGACCCGCCCAGGGCCUGGCUGUGGCCGUUUGUCUGACCCACCUCCCCGGGGCCUGAGCCCCAGGCUGGCGUCCUGGCCAGAUUGAGCUGCGGUUGUCACAUCUACAAAGCCGACCUGCGCUUCAGCCGCCCACCUUGCAGCGCCUGCUGUGUGGGUCCUUCAAGACUGUUCACCCCCGGGCCCUUGCGUCAUCGGGAGCGGGAUGGCCCCGGGGUGGAGGCCGCGGAGCGCAGCUGCUGGCCUGGCACCUGCAGAAGCCGCCCUCGCUCCUGGGUCCCCAAAGCUGGGUAAGAAAUGAGAUGCCUUGGGGCUGCCGUUGUGGCACAACUGCCGGCACACCACACAAGUGCCAGUUCAAGUCCCAGUUGCUCCACGUCCAGUCCAGCUUCCUGAUAAUGCUCCUGGGAAAACGAUGGGUGUGCCGAGUGCUUGGGCCACUGCCACCCAAAUGGGUGACCAGGGUGGGGCUCCUGGCUCCUGGCUUCAGUCUGGCCCUGCCCCAGCCAUUGCAGCCAUUGGGAAGUGAACCAGCAGAUAGAAGAUCACUCUGUGUCUACAUCUGCCUUUCAAAUAAAU